AUGUCUUCUGAUAUAUCUGUUGCUAACAAUUCAACGGUUCAAUCAGAACAUGAUGCAAGUAGACGAGUACUGUCUUAUAUUCAAGUUCUUUUUAAACAACUGAGUAGACCUAAACCAAUGAUAAAAAUACAAACUGACAUUGACACACGAAAUGAAUUGAGACAUGAUCUAAAUUGGAUUCAAUUACUUGCUAUAGGUCUUGGUGCUACUAUCGGUGCUGGAAUAUUUGUCUUAAGUGGGCAAGUUGCUGCAAAAUAUUCUGGCCCAUCGAUCAUCAUUUCAUUUCUUAUAACAGGCGUUAUUGCUCUAUUAUCGUCUUUAUCAUAUUCAGAAUUAGGAGCAAUGAUGCCUAGUUCUGGAUCAGUAUAUACGUAUACUUAUGCAGCUUUGGGAGGUAUACAAUCGAAAGUAUUCUUAUAA